CCAUUGGUGUUACCAUACCAUUGUCCUACAAAGUAGAAAACAAUUCCAACAAUUGAAAAUUUAUAAAACUUUGCACCUGCACAAGGCAAUACAGCAUUUUUUUUUCGUGUCUUCGCAGCAAUCAUCAAACCUUAGUGAACAAUCUUACCCAGUGCGUGCACGGAAAUAACAACAAAACAUUACGUAUCAGCAGUACCAGCUUCGUAGGGGCCAAGAGCAGAAGCAAAGAAAAAGAAAGAUCUAAAAAUAUUUUUAAUCGUCGUACUCGAAUACUUUCAUUUCGCGAAACGCGAAUAGAUAGAGCUUUAAAUUGACAAAACAACGCAUUAUUAAACGCAAGCUAAAAUGGUAUUAAAAGUCUACGUCAGCGGCAUGUCCGGCAACAAGGAGGUUAAGAAGCGCCAACAGCGCGUCCUUAUGAUCCUGGACAGCAAGAACAUCCAGUAUGAUACCGUGGAUAUCACAGAACCCGGCAAGGAGGGGGAGAAGGAGAUGAUGCAGAACAAAUCUACCAGCAAUGGCGGCACAGUCAGCGACCCCGAUCCCCGCCACCCGCUACCUCCUCAGAUCUUCAACGAUGCGGACUACUGCGGCGACUACGACGCCUUCGACAUGGCCAACGAGAUAGACACCCUGGAGGUGUUCCUGAAGCUGGCCCCCGCCGACACCACGGCCGUGAGCAGUGCCCAGAUCGAGCUUAAGCAGGAGAACGGCGAUGCCAAGAAGGAGGUGGACGGCGAAAAGGAGAAGGCGACAGAGAAGGAUGAGGCGGCACCCGCAGAGGAUGCUGCUGCAGAGGCCAAUGGCGAGGCGGGGGAGAAGCCAGAGAAGAAAGACGAAGACGGCGCAGAGACGUCGAGCGAGGAUAAGGAGAAGGCCGAGGGCGAAGGUGCAGACGCCAAGGAAGAGAAUGGCGAGGAAAAGACUGAAACCGAAGCUGAGGAAGAGUCCGGUGACCAGACAGCGCAGGAGGACUCCACAGGUAAAGAAUCGAAGGAGGAGCAAGAAGGCACUGAGAAACCAGAGGGAGAAGAGGAGUCCAAAGAGAAGAGCGACGUUGAGAAGGAAACUGAAAAGGCUGAGGAGAAAGCCGAUGAGAAGGCCAAGGAUGGAGAGGAGGUAUCAGAAGAAAAGUCAUCCGAAGAAGAGGUUGCAAAGGAGAUAGUUGAAGAGGCUGGUGGGGACAAAGUAAAAGAAGAAGCUGAGAAAGAAACCGAUGGGAAGAAUGAAGAGGAAGAAGAUGUAGAAAAUGAUAAGGAAGCUGUGGCGGAAGAGGGGCAGGAGGCAGACAAAAAACAGAACGAAGCCGAGAAAGAAGAAAAGGAAGCGGAGCCGAAGGAGAUCGAAAAAGAAGAAGGUAAAAAGGAUGACGACGAAGAAGCUGACGAAAAAAUAGCAGAUGCGGACAAAGAGGCGGAAGAAGCGAAGGAGGAAAAGGAUGUUGCGGAAGCAACAGAAACCGAAAAGGCAGAAGAGACACAAGAAAAAGGCGCCCCCGAAACGGUGGAGACCGAAGAUGCUGAAAAAGAGACGGAAAACCCAGAAGACACGCCAAAAGAAUCCGCCCCCGAAACUGUGGAGACCGAGGAGGCUGAAAAGGAGACGGAAAACCCAGAAGAGACGCCAAAAGAAUCCGCCCCCGAAACGGUGGAGACCGAGGAGGCUGAAAAGGAGACGGAGAAGAAUGACGCGCCCAAAGAGGAAGCAGAAGAGGACAACAGUAAGCCGAAGGCCGCUGAAGAAGGUGACGCCGAGGCAGAGGCGUCCGCCGCCUCCUCCGGCGAGACGGAGGAAUAAAAACAAAGAGUCCCAGCAACAGCAACAUCCGCACACUGGCACCUGCAUCCAAAGUGUAUUAAUGCAAGGUGAGGCGCUCUCACCUUGUAUUUGUGCACCUUGGAGCGAACAAGCGGAGAAUCCACACGGCACCCACAUGACGCACACACACACACACACAUGCGCACGCACACAUUUAGCAUAUAAUGCCACUAUUUUCUGUAAAUAAAAAGAAAACCCACUAAUCACACAAAUUCAGAUGGCGGGUAACGAACCUUA